CACUACCCCACCACUGACCGUGGACUCUGAGGAUGGGAUAGUCUCCACGGCCGGUUCCUCGGACAUGUUAGGGGACGGGGAAGAUGAGGAAGGAGAUGAGGAGGGCGAGGCAGUCGGCAGCGCUCACAACGCUGAUUUCCCCGACAGCCAGGAUCUCUUCAUCACCCUUACAGAGAUCCCCUACGAAGCGUCCCCAGCCGUUACCCCGGACACAGAAUCUGGGGAAGGAUCAGCCACCCCAUCUGCGACUGUCUCACAACCUAGCCUGGCAUCACACUCCCAGAGGCUAGCGCGGAUUAGGCGUAGGAAGAAGAGGACACGGGAGGACAUGUUCUCUGAGCUUAUGGCCUGUUCCCAAGCCCAGGCAGCACAGCAGACCCAGUGGCGGGAGAAAUUGACCCAAAUGCACCAAGCAAACAUGGAUUGGGAGGAGAGGUGGCGGCAGGAAGACCAGCAGGCGACUCAAACGCUGCUUGGACUACUGAGGGAGCAAACAGACACGCUCCGGCGCCUUGUGGAUGUUCUACAGGAAUGGAGGCAGGAGGACAGAGCCCCGCUGCAGUCCAUCUCUAACCGCCCUCCCCCACCACCAAGUCCCAUACCCACCUCACCCAAAGUGCAAAGAAGGAGAGGCGGCAGAGUCCCUGCUAACUCUCACUCCACCCCUGCAGAGAGCUCUAGUAGCAGAAGGCUCUCAUUCCCCAAAAUUUGAAAAGUUCUUUCCUUCCCGCCUGACACAAGCCCCCGUCCAAGUUUCACCUCCCAGUUCCAUGUGUAGUUGAUAAUA